AUGUCAGCAGUAAGGAGCAUCAUGUAUGCUCAGGUCUAUACGUGCCCGGAUAUUGCUUUUGUGGUUGGAAUGUUGGGCAGGUAUCUUAGCAAUCUAAGGAUGAACCAUUGGAUAGCUGUUAAGAAAGUAUUGUGCUACCUACAAAGGACAAAGGACUUUGCACUCAUGUAUAGGAGAACUGACCAUUUGGAGCUGGUUGGAUAUAUAGAUGUAGAUUUUACGGGCUGUGUCGACAGCAAGAAGUCCACCUCGGGCUACGUAUUCAUGAUGGGUGGUAGAUCCGUAUCAUGGAAGAGUAUAAAACAGUCGAUUACGGCAUCUUCCAUUAUGAAAGCAGAGUAUGUAGCUUGUCAUGAAGCCACGAUUCAGGCGAUCUGGCUUCAGAGUUUUUUCUCUGGUUUACGGGUUGUGCAAAUGAUCCCGAAACCAUUGAAAAUCUAUUGUGAUAGUUCAGUUGUAGUUAACUUCUCCAACAAUAGCAAGUAUUCAUCGAGGUCAAAGCAUAUUGACAUUAAGUAUCUUGUUGUGAAAGAGAGAGUUCAGAAUCGUCAGGUCUCUUUAGAACUCAUCGGCACGAGGCAGAUGAUAGCAGAUCCUCUCACUAAAGGUCUUCCUAUUAUGCUCUUUAAGGAAUAUGUGACGUCUAUGGGAGCUGUAGAUCCCAAGGAUGUAUUUCAAUAG